CCUACCUCCCUGUCUGAGUGGCUGCAAGACUUGCGGAGGCUAACUUCCCAUUGGCCACCGGUGGGAACGCAGACAUCCGGUUUGCGCGUCGGGGCGGCUGGCGAGGAGGCAGCCAUGGUGCGGUUCAAACACAGGUACCUGCUCUGUGAAGUGGUGUCUGACGACCCCCGCUGCCGCCUGAGCCUAGAAGACCGAGUGCUGGGCAGCCUCGUACGGGACACGAUCGCCCGCGUGCACGGGACUUUCGGCGCUGCCGCCAGUUCCAUUGGCUUCGCCGUGCGAUACCUCAAUGCCUAUACUGGAAUAGUGCUACUUCGAUGCCGGAAGGAAUUCUACCAGCUUGUGUGGUCAGCUCUCCCCUUCAUCACAUACUUGGAGAACAAAGGUCACCGUUACCCGUGUUUUCUCAACACCUUACACGUGGGAGGUACAAUUAGAACAUGUCAGAAGUUCCUGAUUCAGUACAACCGGAGACAGCUGUUGAUCUUGUUGCAACACUGCACUGAUGAAGGAGAGCGGGAAGUUAUCCAGAAGUCUGUCACAAGAAGCUGUUUACUAGAGGAGGAGUCGGGUGAGGAGGAGCUUUCAGAUGGUGGCGGUGAGGAGGCUGCUGACGCAAUGGAGUGAACCUCUGCAGGCUGCAUAGUGCUCAAGCCUCAGGACCCAGUUGGAGGAGGACACUCUGGGAGGCAGCGGCAUCUUCUACAGUUCUCCAAGCUGAUGACUAGCAAACACAGGCCAAGUUACCAGCUCAAGAUGGAGGACUUACUCACUUACAACAAAGUGAGGUCACCCUUACCUAGCAUUCCUGGUUAAGGGGUUCUGCAGGUUGUGAAGCCCCUAUAGUUACAGACAUCUUUGUAUUCUUAUUGCCUGGCCAAGAGCAGAUUUAAUAAAUGCAUCUGGCUUCCAUAGCAUUUAGCAAACUUAA